UCCCCCACCUCUCAAGAGUCGUGGAACAGCCAGCACCCCAUUCAAGAUGGCCUCCACAAACAAGUCUCGUGUGCUAAAGGUCGAGCCGUUGAAUCACACAGAUGCGAAAUGGGCCACCUUGGUCAAAAUAACAUACUCUGAUCCUGAGGGUGUCACAAGAGAUUGGGAGGCAUCCGAGCGUCUCACUCGUCCAAAGGGCUCCGACAUUGAUGGGGUCGGCGUUGUUGCUAUCCUCCAGGAUCCAUCCAAACCCGACCAGUCCCCACGGAUCCUGCUUCAAAAACAGUGGCGGCCGCCAGUCAAUGCCACUGUAAUCGAGGUUCCUGCGGGACUUAUCGAUCCCAAAGAAUCAGCCGAAGUUUGUGCCGUGAGAGAGCUCAAAGAGGAGACGGGCUAUGUGGGUGAAGUGGUGGGCGAAGGUUUUGGAGUCAGUCCAAUCAUGUUCAAUGAUCCGGGCUUCUGCAACACCAAUCUGCGCAUGAUUCAUGUUACAGUGGACCUUUCCUUGCCAGAAAAUCAGAACCCUGAGCCAUCACUCGAAGAGAACGAGUUCAUCGAGACUUUCUCCGUUCCGCUCAAGGAUUUGUGGGAUGAAUGCCGCAAGUUUGAAGCUGAAGGGUAUGCCAUUGACGCAAGAGUGGGAACGCUAGCAGAAGGCGUCGAAUGUGCUAAACGAUGGAAACUACACUGA